AUUACUUUAAAAGAGCCAGUCUCCUUUUUUCUGUUCAUUUGUUAGAGAAAAUGUGGUCUUCUUGGUGUGAUUUUAUAUUUGUUUAGACACGCGAGAUGCUUUAUUUUAUAGCUGUGCUGCUGAGAACAGAGAUGCUGUUUUCAUAGCCCUUUGUGGGGGCAGAGAGAAAAUCAGCUUUAUCCUUAUCCUCAUCAUAUGGCCACAAAGCCUCACACCACAAAUAAUGCUAGAACUCAUAUUUCUUUGUUUCUGUGUCUCCAAAGUUUCCCAGUCGCUGUCCUUUGUCUCUCUUCUUCAGAGGCUUGAGGAUGGUUUGCCUUGUGCAUUACCCUGCAUAGGGCUGUAAACUUGGAAGGCUUCUGAGCAAGCAGCAGCAGCAGCAGCAGCCAUGGAGCCUGCUAGUGCUAGCUUGGUCUCCCUGAGGGCAUCCGCCGCCACGAGCCACAGCUGCUUCUCGUGUCGGCAGCGAGCGACGCCCAAGACCAGGAUGCUUCCGGCCAUGGCGUCCAAGUCCGGGGCGAAACUGGUGGCUUCAGGCUGCAAGACAUGCAGGGGGAAGGGUGCAGUGGAAUGCGAAGGCUGCAAGGGGACUGGCAGGAACAAGAAGAACGGCAACAUCUUCGAGAGAUGGAAGUGCUUCGACUGCCAGGGGUUUGGGAUGAGGAAGUGCCCCACCUGCGGCAAGGGAGGCCUCACGCCGGAGCAGAGAGGAGAAAGAUAGAAGAAGCAUAAGCAUCCAUCCAUCCAUGGCAGCUGCAGGCAGAUGCACUCUCCAAUGUCAUAUUUAUCAUGCUCAACUUUGCUCGAAUUCUGACUACUAUCUAGAAGUAAGUAUCAACCAGAAUCGCCAAAUAAAAUGUCGAAAACCGAAUAUGGUGGUACACAUAAUCGGUUUGAGAACCGGCAGUAUAAUGCCAAGCAGAAUGUUGUGAGGAAAUCAAACUGGUUUCUGCGCGUAUUGACUUGCUUGGAUGCUUUUGAAUCUGUAUGCUGUAAGUAUUUUUUUAUUUUUUGAAUAUAUUCAGUUUGUCGUAAGUAUUAUUUAAAAAAACUAAGUGCCUCUCCAGGGCGAUGGGUGGCACUCUGUGAGGCUGCAUGUGGCCCCUUUGCGCACUUAGCUACAGAGCACCAAUGUGCCGCCUCAGGUUUGGCUGCCUGGUGGGCUUUCCAUAACAUGUUCAGUUUCAAUAUAAAAUUUUGCCCAUUAAGUUCAUCUGAGACAUAUGAUGGAUAAAUCCAUCAAGUGGUAACAAGUUUAUGUAUCCACACUAAAUUAAAGGGAGGUGAUAUUCUUGGUUUCGUCCCGUUUCGUUUGGUCCAAUUCAAUUAAUUUCACGUAGGCUAUUUGGUUUCGUUACUUGCCACCCGUUUUGGCCCAACAGAGGAAGCCCACCUGACGGCGCACUGUGGCCCACGUACGGAGAGAUAGCAAAAAUUAAAUUUGCCGAUGGCAGGGUUAGAUCUCAUAACCCACCAACCGGCCAUGCACGGUUUGUCCAACUGACCCAGCUAGAGAUAUAAGUGGUUUUUUUUCUCCCCCGUUGCAACGCACGGGCCUUUUUGCUAGUCCACACUAAAUUAUUGAUAUGUCUAGUUCAGCCAAUGGAAUCGCAAAAUAUUAGUCAUACAGAAAUAUGUAUUUGCAAAAGAUGGUCGCUCAAGUUUCUUGCCCCGGAUGCGAAAACGAAACAUAUAUAUAUUUGGAUCCCUGAUCAACAAAAAUAAGAAUAUCAGUCCCAUCUAACAUAUAAAGCCUGGUAGAGUACGCGCCAUUCCAGGGGCAUUCACGACGCGCGUGCGUUGUGGCCGCAUGAUUUCACAGCAACAGGGAUUUUUACGCUGCUGUCAAAGUCGUGGCCGUUAGUCCUCUGUGACUCAUUUGUUUUGCUUCCUUGUCCAUGACGGGUGGGCCUCAAAUGCCUACGGGCCCAGUGUAUUGGUGCGCCCCGUGUGCGUCCUGGGUGAGAAAGCGAGAGGCGUGGGGCUGGAUCGUAGGGCGCGGUGAAAACCUAGCCCCCAAUCUCAUUCGUCUCCAAACAGCCAAUCCCUCCACUUCUCGAGCCAAGCUCCCCUCCUCCACUGGUCUCCACUGCGCCACCUCCCCCCCCGCUUUCCCUUUUCUCCUCAUGUGCUCUCGCCCGGGCCAAGCCGAGCGACCUCCUGGCCAGCAUCUACUCCAUCUUGUUCUUCUCCGGCUAAACAGCGGCGAGCCCGCGGAUCUGGCGUCUCGGGAGUGGAAGGGGAUCUGGCGUCCUGGGAGUGGAAGAAACGAGGAGCAUCCACCUGAUGGGGGAGGAGGUGGCGCCCAGGGAGAGGGGUGGCGGCGGCCCCUCUGCCUACCACCGAGCUCUGGGAGAAACAUGGAGGCGGCAGGGAGCAUGGGAGCGAUAGCGGUGACUGGAUGCCAGGAGCUUGACGAGGUCCAUGCUGGCAGCACCCUCGCCCUCAACCUUACUGGCGGUGUGGCUGUACAAACGACGCCGGUCGACGGUGGGGCUGGAGAAUCAGGAAAGUCCAUGAUAUCUAUGCAGGCAAGAAUUCCAUUGUAUUCUUCCCUGGAAAGUUACAAUCCCAGUGACAAAUAGUACACCUUACAUUUUUCUGAACAUCUAUCUCCAGAUAAAUCUUCUUUUCUGGACCGGCUUUGACGUGGCGGAACACAAGGGCUAUAUGACAGUCAACCAUGUCAUCGUGUACCAGACAAUCAAAUUAAUGUAUGAUGGGGCUAAAGAGCUUGCCCAAGGGGAAUCCGACUACUCAAAAUAUGCUAUUUUACCUGAUAAUCAGGUUCGUACGUCCUAUUUUGUUCAGUAUGUAAGUUACAUUUGGGCUGGGCAUAAACACCAAUAUAUUGCAACAUGAACAACUUGUUAUAGCUGAGGCAGCAUUACAGUUAACACUCAGAACUAGACUAUAAUCAACCUUGUUCAGACCUUGCACCUGCUUUAAGCUCUGCUGCAAUAUUGUGUUUUGUUGUUGUUCCACCGUCAUGUGUUUUGCUACUUUUCCACCAUCAUACACGGAUAUACUUUCAACUGUAGAUGAUUCAGCCAAAUGAAGUAUACAAAGUUUGGUCUCUAUCCCGUCCUUUCUAUGUAUCGCUCCUUCGAUUUCCCACAAAUCAUUGUUCUUCUGAUAGCUUAGGAAUAUAUAAUCUCUGCUUGUUAUUACGCUUGAUUUCUUCAGAGAAAGAAUACUAACUUUAUACAGUGUUCUUCUGAUAACUAAGAAAUAAGCUAAGAGAGGCGGAACCCGACCCGGAUGACAGCCAAAAUCAGGCCCCACUCCUGUCUCUCUGGCGCCUACUCUUCAGAUGGACAACAACACUUUGCCAGCAACGGCUGCUGUCCAGUUAAGAGCAAGUAUGUUUUGUUGCUGAAGCAUUAUUUGGAUUAUAGUUACUUCUUUGUUUCUGUGAAUAACUACACAUGUGUUCUUCUACUUUUCAUACUGUCAAAUUCUUAUCUUUGUACAUGGAUCCAUUAAGAACAUUAAAUAGACCACCCAGUUCAUGUAGAAUAUUGUCCAAUGCCUUCAAUUAUGCCAUGAUGUAUUCAUACAAGGUGAUGUUAUAACCAUAUCUAGAGAAGAUCACAGACAAGUUUCUUCAGCACUAUUGUGUUCACUAUGCUCUCCACUAGCAUGUCAGCAUUAUACAGUGUUCUUGUGAUAACUGAGAAAUAUAUUGUGGCUGAUGCCAUGGCAAGGCUACUACAAUCCUGACUUUGUCAAGUAUAAAGUAUUAUUGAGAUUAUGAAGUUUGUUUAUUUACAGUGUGCUGCUCUCCUAUCUUCAGGAGAUUGGAGAAAAACUAUCAAAAAUAAGUGUCGGGUUUGAUUACCCACCCCUUAACAAAGAAGUCAUACAGGGUGUAUGAAAUCUAUGGGAAGAUCCAUCCAUCUAGGUGAAAAGAAGUUCAUAUUUCUGUAAAUGUGUAUACUGUCAAGCAACCAGUUUUAUUAUAAAGAAAUGCAUCUGUAAGAAACUUACUUGUG